AUGGCCAGUCAGCUGGUUAAGCAGUUUGGACCACGGCUCCUUUCCACGGCAACCCUUGGCAAACCGGCUACUGAAAUUCUGAUCGGGACUUCUACUUUCUUCCGCACAACAACAUCGGUCGUGCCAGUUCGAACCAGCGUGGCCUGGAUCAGGUUCCCAUCAGUUGGUGUACGGCAUGGAAGUACUUUGGCCUUGAACAAAGAAGGGGAAGAAAAAGAAGUGAAAACCACUUCUGUCGGAGGUGAACCGGAGGAGAAAGCAAUCACUGGCUACUGGGGUAUAGCUCCUUCUAAGAUUACUAAGGAGGAUGGCAAGGAUUGGAAGUGGACCUGCUUCAAGAAAAGGAACUAUCGUGCAUUCCUGGCUACUGUGAAAGACAAGAAGCCAGAUGAUGCUAAGGCUACUAAAGAAGGGGUUCAAGGAGACAAGGAAUCUGGAAGGAAAUGA